UAUUUUUUAUAUUUUCAACAGGCUUGUCCUUUUUUUUUGCGCUUCACUGUGGAGAGUGAAGGUCUUUCUUUUACCUUUUUCCGGCGAAGUUCUCCGCCAUUGACGGAAGUCGAGUCAAACUUCCAGCUCCCUCCAGGUACCUGAGUCUCCUCCUCCUCCUCGUCUUCCUCUAAACCCUAAAUCAUCCAACACUGAGAGAGUUUAUUGGCUCUUCUGUUGAAACAUGUUGGGGUUUGCGGCUGCCACUGCGUCAAACACUUGUGUCACCAAUACCGCUGUGCUCUUGGCUCAGACUCCCAUUCCCAACUCUCUUCAUCCCUACAAUUCUCCGAUUCUACCGUGUUCUAAGAGGUUUUUUUCAUCAACGCCGUCUUCUCAUUCAAUUUUUCCUCCGAUUAAAGCUAUGGCAGAGUCCCAAAAUCCCGAUUCUCAAGAUUCUCAAGCCUCUGCUUCUGGCAUCAAACGAGCACUAAUAUCAUUAUCAGACAAAAAGGAUUUGGCUUUGCUUGGCCGUGGACUUCAGGCGUUAGGAUACACAAUUGUUUCAACUGGAGGAACAGCAUCAGCUUUGGAGGCUGCUGGUGUCUCUGUCACUAAGGUGGAACAAAUUACUAGUUUUCCAGAAAUGCUUGAUGGUCGUGUAAAAACUUUACAUCCUUAUAUACAUGGUGGUAUUCUUGCUAAAAGAGACCAAAAUCAUCAUAUGGAAGCUUUAAGGAAGCAUGGAAUUGGUACUUUUGAUGUGGUGGUGGUGAACUUAUAUCCCUUCUAUGAGAAAGUUUCCUCUACUGAUGGAAUAGCAUUUGAUGAUGCAAUUGAGAACAUUGAUAUUGGUGGUCCAACCAUGAUUAGAGCCGCUGCAAAGAAUCACAAAGAUGUCUUGGUUGUCGUUGAUUCACAAGACUAUCCUAGACUCCUAGAAUUUCUUCAAGGAAAUCAGGAUGACCAGGAGUUCCGAAUGAUGCUUGCUUGGAAGGCUUUUCAACAUUCUGGUUUAUAUGAUUGUGCAGUUAGUGAGUGGCUGUGGAAGCAGCCGACUGUUGGAGGCGAGUAUCCUCCCAGCUUUGCAGUGCCUCUCUCGCUCAAAUCUUCACUUCGUUAUGGUGAAAAUCCUCAUCAAAAGGCUGCAGUUUAUGUGGAUAAGAGACUCUCUGAGGUUAAUGCUGGUGGUAUUGCAUCUGCUAUUCAGCACCAUGGGAAGGAGAUGUCAUAUAAUAACUAUCUAGAUGCUGAUGCAGCUUGGAAUUGUGUGUGCGACUUUAAUAAUCCAACUUGUGUAAUUGUAAAGCACACAAAUCCUUGUGGUGUAGCUUCACGUGAUGAUAUCAUUGAAGCUUACAGAUUGGCUGUUAAAGCAGAUCCAGUGAGUGCAUUCGGUGGUAUUGUUGCCUUCAACACAGAAGUUGACGAGGAUCUUGCAAAGGAUAUUCGAGAGUUUAGAAGUCCAACAGAUGGUGAAACUCGGAUGUUUUAUGAGAUUGUCAUUGCACCCAAGUAUUCAAAAAAGGGGCUUGAGAUCCUCCGUGGAAAGUCCAAGACUUUGAGAAUCCUCGAGGCAAGCAAGAAUGAGAAAGGAAAGCUUUCUUUUAGACAAAUCGGUGGCGGUUUGUUGGUUCAGGAUUCAGAUGAUUUAACACCAGAAAAUAUCCAAUUUAAUGUAGUUUCUGAGAAGAAUCCACAAGAAAGUGAGCUUCGUGAUGCAAAGUUUGCUUGGCUAUGUGUGAAGCAUGUUAAGAGCAAUGCCAUUGUAAUUGCUAAGGACAACUGUAUGUUGGGUAUGGGAAGUGGACAGCCAAACCGUCUCGAGAGUUUGAGGAUAGCUCUGAGGAAAGCGGGAGACAAGGUCAAAGGAGCAGCUUUGGCUAGUGAUGCCUUCUUUCCAUUUGCUUGGAAAGAUGCAGUAGAAGAAGCAUGUGAGAGCGGAAUUGGUGUGAUAGCGGAGCCUGGAGGGAGCAUUAGAGAUGGGGAUGCUAUAGACUGCUGUAAUAAGUAUGGGGUUUCGCUUCUCUUCACUAAUGUGAGGCACUUUAGGCAUUGAUGGUUAGAUACAUUUGCAAGUGUGUUUUCUGCGAUUUUGGUUCGCGGCUUGAGCACCAUGCUUCAAAUUUUUGGCAAUUCACGGGCUAGAUGUUUUACGUGAGUUCUUGCCAUUGCUGAGAAUUCUAAUUUUAUAAGAUGUAUGCAUGAGCUAUAAUAUUAUUGUUUGAGGUUGAGAGGCUUUAAUGUGUUUUUGAUGGACAAACUGAGGUUUGGUUUGACAUAAUAAAAAAAAAUCAAAAAGUCACUAUCUUAUUUAAGUCA